AUGGUGGCGAGGCCCGAGCGGGCCGCCAAGGAUGCUCCGAACGGGGAGGAGAAAGUAGAAUUCCUUGUUGCCGAUCUGGAGAGUGUAGAGAUAGCCACUUCUUACCCACUGAAACCUUCAUCGGUCUCCCAAGGAACUGAGGAGGUAGAACGGGAAUGGCUCUUCUUUGCCCAAACCUUAUUAUCAGCAGUUGGCCUCGAUGGUGAGGUACAGUCCGACUCAUUUUUUGCCAGAUGGCACUCACCCGAAAGCCCAUUGGACCCAUCAUUGAGAGACAAAUAUAUUGAAGUGAACGACAAGGAGAUAAUCCAUGAGGCGAAGCGAAGGCAAAGGAGAUCAAGCCGGAAGCUGGUAUUUGAUUGUGUGAAUGCAGCUUUAGUGGAAAUCACAGGGUAUGGGUCGGGGACAAGCCCAAGGGCUACUACGUGUGGGUUGGGGGUCCACAACAGGAUAUCAGAGGCUGGUGGCAAUCAUGGAGCAAAGCUGGUUUCUCAUUCUAUUAAAUCCAACCUGAUUGACAAAUCACCACCCAUAGAAUCAAUGGCAGCGGCGCUGGAAGUCGUAGAAGAUGCGGGAUGGGGUUAUGUCGAGUGUUUGUGUGUGUGCUUGGACAGUAGCUGGGGAGGAAGCACAUGCAGAGUGAUCUGGAUUAGAGAUGCCCUUGAUAGAGGCAAUUGUAAUUCAAAUGUCACCAAGAGAGCUGACAUACGAUGGUAUUGUCUAGGGGUGAAUUCAAAACAUGUUAGCACAGAGGGGACUGAUCUAAGUGGUUCGGUCAGUAAAGGCUCAGCGGUUUCUGUGCCUCUGACUCCUCGGAGUGAGGGCGAAAUCUUGCAGUCUACUAAUUUGAAGAGCUUUAGUUUUUCUGAUCUUAAAAUGGCCACAAGGAACUUCCGCCCAGAUAGUGUGUUAGGAGAAGGUGGUUUUGGUUCAGUUUUCAAAGGUUGGAUCGAUGAGAACUCUUUUACUGCUUCAAAGCCAGGGACAGGCAUAGUCAUUGCUGUGAAAAGGCUUAACCAAGAAGGUUUCCAAGGUCGCAAGGAGUGGCUGGCGGAAGUGAAUUAUUUGGGGCAGUUUUGUCAUCCUCACCUUGUGAAAUUCAUUGGCUAUUGUUUGGAGGAUGAGCACCGGCUUCUGGUGUAUGAAUUCAUGCCUAGGGGCAGCUUGGAAAAUCAUUUGUUCAGGAGAGGUUCUUAUUUCCAACCUCUUUCUUGGAACCUUCGUUUAAGGGUUGCAAUUGGUGCUGUAAAGGGGCUUGCUUUUCUUCACAGUGCUGAAACAAAAGUCAUAUAUUGGGAUUUCAAAACUUCUAAUAUAUUGCUUGAUUCAAAUUACAAUGCAAAGCUCUCUAAUUUUGGGUUGGCCAAGAAUGGGCCGACAGGUGACAAGAGCCAUGUCUCCACAAGGGUCAUGGGAACCUAUGGAUAUGCAGCUCCAGAAUAUCUAGCCACCGGUCAUUUGACUGCCAGGAGUGAUGUUUAUAGUUUCGGAGUUGUGCUCCUUGAAAUGCUAUCUGGCCAAAGAGCUGUGGACAAGAACAGACCAUCCGGUGAACACAACCUGGUGGAAUGGGCCAAACCCUACCUGGCCAGCAAACGUAAAAUCUUCUGCAUCCUCGAUAACCGUCUCGAAGGCCAGUACUCGUUGGAUAUAGCCUAUAAGGCAGCGAACCUCGCAUUGCGAUGCCUGUCAACAGAAUCCAAGUUCAGGCCAAACAUGGAUGAGGUGGUGAAAGAAUUGGAACAACUUUGUGAUUCGAAGGAAACAGGAAAUGCUCGCAGCAAUCCAAGCAGUGCACGAAGGCCUCGGAGACGAAAAGCAGGAGAUGCUAGCAAUGCAAAUGUUGUAGCUGCUUAAACCAGGCCAUCUGCUUCUAGGGUUGUGCAGUGGAUCCAACGACCCGUCAAAUCCGCCCGGCCCGACCUGACCCGACCCAUAAUGGGUGGAUGCGUGGUAUGCAGUGCACGGCUGCGGGUUCAGAAUUCUUGAUUUUUCUUGUUCGGGUCGGGUGGCGAGUGAUCUGCCCUUUUGCCCACAAAACCCAACCUCGACCAUGGCCCCCCUUUUUUUGUGCGUGUUUUUUUACGCCUCAGCCACCCCUUUUCUUUAGUUUACCCUAAACCUAGUUCCUCAUUUUAGACAGACACACACUCACCCUUUCUCUCGUCUCUUGCUUGGCUCUCUCUCUCUCUCUCUCUACCCCCAAAACCCUACCCAUCGUUGUCCUCGUCCUCGUUUAGCGGUCUACACUAAACAGUCGACCGAUGAUCUACUACACUGAACGGCGAUUGGCUAUCAAUCUACAUCGAACUAUAUUCUCUUACGUUCUGCUCGUCUCUGCUCCUGUUCUACACUGAUGGUAUGCUCUGCUUUUCUUUUUUCCUCUUCUUCUCUUCUCCUCUUCAGUUUUUCUCUUUUUCCUUCCUCUUAUUGUCUUCACCUGUUCUCUGUUAUGUCACACUCUGUGCAUGUGUUGUUUUCUACCUCUUAUUCAACAUUUUCGCCUUGAAUUUUGGGUCCAAUUUCGUUUGUUGUAUGUGUUGUGUUCAAUUUUAGUUUUAUUGAGAAACUACUUCGGAACUGAUUAGGAAGUUGUGUUUAUAAAUUGAUUGAUUUAGGAACUGAUUUAGUUUUAUAAAUUGAUUGAUUUCGGAAUUGUUUCAGAACUGCUUCGGAACUGAUUUAGUUUUAAAAAUGGAUUGAUUUAGUUUUACAGUGC